AUGUCCUGUAGAACAAAAUUUGAAAGUUUGAAAAAGAAAUUUAUUGAUGCUGUAAUCGAAAAUAUUAAUCAGAGGGUCCCAGAAACUGAUUUUCUCCGGUACAUGUCUGUGUUAGCUCGCAGACCAAUCAGCUUUCUGGAUGAUACGGAAUUAGCUCUGUGGGGAAAUGAAGAGGUACAAAAACUCGCUAUCUUCUACGGUUCAGACCAGUGCCAUUUGUACAAGGACCCAGAUACCAAUGAGAUGGUUACUGUAACUUCUGAGGCUAUAGUCAAUACUGAAGCAACCAUGACGGAAUGGAUGACUCUGAAACGAGUGGUCAAAGCACAACAAUACCCUCGAUCCUCAAUGGCCUUACUAUGGAAUCUUAUAUGUCAGUAUCACUCUGAAGAGUUUCCAAACAUGCAAAAGCUGGCUGGAUUAGCACUUUGUCAUCCUAUCCAUACUGCUGAUUGCGAGAGGUCAUUUAGCUCUCAAAAUCUUAUAACCAUGAAAUUGAGAUGCCGUCUCUCAGGAGAGCAUGUGGACGAGUUAAUGAGAGUUAUGAUUGAAGGCACACUGAUACAGAGUUUGAUUUUAAUAGGGCUUUAA